AUGGCCAUAGCGACCCUUGCCCAGAUCUGGGAUAGGGUCACUGCCUUCUCUCUGUUCUGGCAAGUGCCGGCAACCUUGCUGGCCAUCACGGCCACCCCACCAAUGAUGGAGCGGUGGCCACAGUUGGUGAACCAUGGAGUGUCGGAUGAAGGGAUGAGGAUGACGAAGGAGAACGUGCGAGGUUUCUUCGAACUGCCCCACCAUGAGAAGCAGAAGUCAGCCCGGAGGCCCGGAAGUCUCGAAGGUUACGGGCAGGCUUUCGUGACCUACCACGAGCAGAAGCUGGACUGGAACGACAUGAUCUUCCUCAAAUGCCAUCCUCCGCAUGCGAGAAAUCUCGAUCUAUGGCCACGAAAUCCACCCGAAUUCAGGUAUAACAAGCCACUCUAGGCAUCUGUUCGAGCCGUCACUAAUGGAACUCUGUGGGCUCUGAAGAGAGAAGAUUUUCGAGAGAUUCUUAUGUCAGAAUUUACCAAUCUGUCAUCAUUGAAGUUGCUUAGGUCUGUGGAUCUUCUAUCGAGGUUAACCAUAUUGUAGCUUAGUCAUGUUGCAGAUUCUCUUUCUGAAGUCUCCUUCUCUGAUGGGCAAACAAUAUUUGAUAUGGUAAAGAUUGCUUUUGUUGCAGACUUAUGUUCAUCAUGGCUGUGUCUGCUCUCUUCGUAUGUCUCUGCUAAACUUCUUUUGUAGAAUGAAGGUCCAUCCGGGCUAUAUAUCGUCCAGAAGGGACUAGUGAAGAUCACUCUCAACCCUGAGAUGAUUAAGGGUCCUAAUAUCUGCAGUCUCAAAUGUGAUUAUGUAGAGGAUGAGGAUAAUCGAGAGAGCAGUCCAAAGAUAUCAUUGGAGAAGAAUGAAGCAAGUUAUUUUGGUGAAUGGGUGCUUCUUGGUGAAGAAGUUGGUUCAGUUAGUGCAGUUGCCAUUGGUGAUGUCAAAUGUGCCAUUUUGGCGAAGGAAAAGUUUGACUCUGUGGUGGGUCCUCUUGCAAAACUAUCUCAGGAUUAUCAGAAGGAAAGGGAUCAUACUCCAGACUUCAUCAAUGACACUACUGAAAAUACCCAUGUUUCUGCCUUAGAUAAAGUUGACCUCUCUAGCUUGGAGUGGAAGAAGUGCUUGUACUCUACUGACUGCGGUGAGCUUGGGCUUGUACUUCUAAAUGAAUCAGGUUAGUGUGUUUGUCUACAUUAUUUUAAAAGAUUUUCGAAGCAGAAGGUCAAACAACUUGGAAAGGAAGGACGAGUGUUAAGGGAAAAGAAUUUGAUGAAGAAUAUAAGCCCUUCAGCUUGUGUGCCACAAGUUUUAUGCACUUUUGCUGAUAGAAGAGAAGCUGGCAUACUGCUAAAUACCUGUCUUGCGUGUCCUUUGGCUUCGAUACUACACACACCACUAGAUGAUCCAUCUGCAAGGUUCUGCUCCAUUGUAAAUGCCUUGGAAGUGCUCCACAAGAACGGUGUUCUCUACAGAGCUGUGUCUCCUGAUGUUCUAAUGCUGGACCAAUCAGGAUAUAUACAGGUGGUAGACUUCAGAUUUGGGAAGAAGUUGUCUGGUGAGAGAGCAUUUACCAUAUGUGGAAUGACGGACUAUUUAGCACCAGAAGUUGUCCAGGGAAGAGGCCGGUUUCCUGCCGAUUGUGUUCGUGCCUGA